AUGCCCAGACGUGACAAAGUGCACACGGUUCCUGUUUCACUCGCCAUAAACCCGGCUCCGAAGACAACCACAUACGUCGGGAAAAUGUUGUCUAGCUUCUGGAACACACUGCCAUAUUCCUGCCUCUACCUAGACUUGGAUUGGCGUGAUCUUCUCUUUGCCAUCAAAGAAUGCCUUGCACUAUUCCAUUCCAUCUCUCAUGACCAAGUGAUUGAAAAUAUAAAAAAGAUCUGGACCACACCACAAAACCCCAACCAUGUCUUACCUUGCUUGUCUGUAAGAACUGGCCUCGACCUUUACCUUCAAGCCAAGAAUUUUCCACAAGGUUCAGAAAUCAUUAUCUCUGCUGUUACCAUACCUGACAUACCAAACAUUCUUCAUCAUCACGGUCUCGAAGUUGUCUCACUUGAUAUUGAUAUUGAGACAACAGCCCCAAAAAUUGAACUGCUGAAAGAAUUAAUCACGGAACGAACUGUUGCUCUCCUCCUUGCUUAUAUUUACGGGAAAAUCUUUGAUGUUUCACCUUUCAUUGAGGUAGCAAAAAAACACAAUCUAGCCGUGAUUGAAGACUUAGCUGAGGGAUUCUGUGGUUUUGACUAUCUUGGCCACCCUGAUGCUGACAUCUCUCUUUUCAGUUUUGGGACAAUCAAGUAUUGCUCAUGCAUGGGUGGAGCCAUUGCAAAAAUUCAAAAUUCUGCUGAUUACAAGAAAAUGGACCAACUUCAACAAAUGUACCAUUCCCAAUCGUCCAGUGUUUACCUGCAGAAAGUAAUGAAAUGCUGUAUGCUUUAUGUUAUGUUAGAUUGUCCAAAGGCGGUCAGACCAGCCCUAUUUAUUGUCCAACAGCUCAACUGUGAUUACAAGCGAAAUGUUACAAAACUGGUACGCAGUUUUCCCAAUAACCUCAUCCAUAUGAUCCGAUUCCAGCCAUCUAUGGCAUUGCUUCUUGUAAUGUUUCAUCGAUUCCAAUCCUUCCGUCCAAGCCAGAUUACCAUUUGCCGUCUCAAGGGAGAAUAUGUCACUUGUCGAUUACCAUCUACAGUUACAGUUGUCGGCCACAAGGCACCAUUGAAUUGUUAUUGGCUUUUCCCAAUUGUUGUGGAAAACCCAGACCUAGUGAUGCACCAACUGAACAAACUCGGCAUAGAAGCACACCGUUCCUCCACUCAGCUAACCUUCAUUGAAUCUGACAAAUCACCUAACUACCAACCUAAACAUCCCUCAAUUGAAACUGUGCCUUAUUACCCCUAUGAAGCCAACUACAUGAUGAACAAUACAGUCUACCUACCAGUCAACAAAGGUGUUCCUUUCCAUGUCCUUGACAAAAUUUGUAAUGCAGUCAAGUACAUUACUAAGAAGGAUUGUGAAAAAAGUUUUCAUUCAUUACAACCUAAAAUUUUAUCCAAACUUUGA